AUGAAAUCUGUAGAAGACCAAGUUGUACAAGAAGAACUAGGAUGCCAAGAUGAAGAGGAAUCAUUUUUCCAGGACAUUGAUCUAUUACAGAAGCAUGGAAUUAAUGUAGCAGACAUUAAGAAACUGAAAUCAGUAGGAAUUUGCACAAUCAAAGGGAUUCAGAUGACAACUAAGCGGGCAUUAUAUAAUGUGAAGGGACUUUCGGAAGCCAAAGUAGAGAAAAUAAAAGAAGCAGCCAACAAACUUAUAGAACCAGGGUUUCUGACUGCUUUUGAGUAUAGUGAGAAGCGAAAGAUGGUAUUCCAUAUUACCACUGGAAGCCAGGAAUUUGAUAAACUCCUAGGUGGUGGGAUUGAAAGCAUGGCUAUCACAGAAGCCUUUGGAGUGACAGCCCAACUUCCAGGAGCAGAUGGAUAUACAGGAGGGAAGAUUAUUUUCAUUGACACAGAAAACACAUUUCGUCCAGACCGCCUACGUGACAUUGCUGAUCGCUUCAAUGCGGAUCAUGAGGCAGUUCUUGACAAUGUAUUGUAUGCACGGGCUUAUACUAGUGAGCAUCAAAUGGAACUACUUGAUUAUGUUGCUGGCAAAUUCCAUGAGGAACCUGGCAUCUUCAAAUUACUGAUAAUAGAUUCCAUUAUGGCACUGUUUCGUGUGGAUUUUAGUGGUCGUGGAGAAUUAGCUGAAAGGCAACAGAAACUUGCUCAGAUGCUCUCAAGACUUCAGAAAAUAUCAGAAGAAUAUAAUGUGGCUGUGUUUGUGACUAAUCAAAUGACCUCUGAUCCUGGAGCAACUAUGACCUUUCAGGCUGACCCUAAGAAACCCAUUGGAGGACAUAUCCUUGCUCAUGCUUCUACAACAAGGAUUAGUUUACGGAAGGGAAGAGGAGAAUUACGUAUUGCCAAGAUAUAUGAUAGUCCUGAAAUGCCUGAAAAUGAAGCUACAUUUGCAAUAACUGCUGGAGGAAUAGGAGAUGCCAAAGAGUAAACUGAUCUUAGUGACAAAACAACUGAGAAACUCCCAUCAAAUUAUAUCAAAAGUUACUUAGUUCUUAGUUACUUAUGUUCAUUAUUCCAAAUUUAGAAAAG